GCGCCCGUCCUCCUGCUUCGCAGCACCUGCGCCAGUUCCCGCCCUCCCCGGCGGUCAGGUGGCUGUGGGUAGUAGCUGCAAGUGCCCUGCUGCUCCCGGAACCUCACGAGCCUGCCCAGACGUGCAGGCCGGAGGCUUCGGGGACGAGUCCGAGCAACUGGCGGUCUUGGAGCGGCUCAAGGUCCUUCUGUCGGACCCCAAUGUGGUUGCCAACACACUGCAGUCUUGCUUCGAAGCUGCUGGAGGUGCCUCGCAGGGGAGCGUGCCGUGCCAUGCGGCUAUACGAGCCCUCUGCACUGCCCACACUAUGCUGUUGGCGGGCCUGCCCUCCACGUGCAUCAGCGAAGCCAGGUGGAGUAGCCUGCUGAAACGUGCAGGCAUCUACUCACCUGAGGACACUGUCACGCUGGACCAGCUGCGAGAGGUACAGGCCCAGACGCUGGGCGCCCUUCGCGAUUGCUUCGCACCCAAGCAGCUCCUUAGGAGCAUGCGGCGGGUGUCUCGGGCGGAACCGCGCUUGAAGGACAGAUACGAAUCCUUUGAAUUCCGGGCGAAGGGGGCCCUUGGCAAGGUCUACAGAUGUCGACACAUCCAGUCGCAAGCCUUUGUCGAAGUCCGGCAGAUCCGCAAAGACAAGGCGUCGGCUCCUAUAGACUUCAUCCGGACGAGCCUCCAGCGAAUCACGGAGCUACAGCAUCCUAGCUUACCGAGAGUUCUCGACUGCCUGGAG